AUGAUCCUCCUCGAAAACUCGCCCGAAUUCGUCUUCUCCUUCAUGGGCGUGUCCAUCAUUGGGCUUGUGACGACCGCAACCAAACCCUUCUACACGGUUGCAAAGAUCUACAAAAAGUUCUCGAGCUUUGCUACGAAGCUCGUUAGCACCCAAUCUCAAUACGUCAUUAAGCUGCGGGACGUCGUCAGCAUUCCCGGAUCGUCCGUGUCUGAUAUGGUGGUGCAGUGCAAUGAAAGCACUGCACUACGACCUGCAUUAUCCCGCUCCGGAAUCGAUGUUCCAGCUCUCGGAUUUGCUUUUCUGAGAGAGAUUCCUCGCGUUUUGACAUCUUUAAAUGCGGAUCUGAACCAGUUUGGACCAUUUUCUGACGAAUUUCCGCUUUCAGCUCUGGAACCAGCUCUUACGCUCUCAGAAUUUUGUUUCUGA